AUGGACGGUACGGCUGUUGCCCCGUGCCCUGUGCCCAUCCAUGCGGCGCAUCGAGAGUGGGCAUUCAGCUGCGGUGCAUGCGUGCAGCCGCUCGCAGAGAGCUGUUCGGAAAAGUGGAAGACUGUUCGUCAUGGGUGGAUGCCAUUACGAGCAGGCUGCGCAGCGGCACUCGCUUCGUCGAUCGGUUUCCGGACCAAGCCAAGGCACAGGCAGACAAGGCGACGUGCAUUGCAACUUCGUGAUGCACCCGGCUGCACGCAAAAUGGUUGUGCAUGCGCAAUGCAAGCAGAGAACUAUCCGUUCAAGACAGACCAGGACUACCAGCUCCACCACCCAGCUGUCCGAAGGCUGACUGACUGGCAGAGAGCUUCAGAGCGAACUCCACCCGAGGUUUUUGCAGCCGAGCCCUGUGGCCAUCGCACCCGAGCAAAGCUCGCGGUUGCACCGAGCAAGGACGGCGUGGUGCUCGGGCUCUUCAAGCGUGGCACGCAGGAGGUCCUGCCUGCCCUCGGCUGCGCCGCCUUGCAUCCCACCCUGAGGGCUGCGCUGCUGCGGCUCAAAGGGACCCUGGAUCGCUUCCAAGCUCUGGCCAUCUACCAGCCCGGCGUCAAAAGCUCAGCGCAGAGCAGCCAAGGCGCCCUGCGCUUCGUGCAGCUGACGGUGGAGAGGGCAUCGAAUCAAGUGCAGCUCGUGCUGGUCUGGAAUCGCAAACGCGGACCGGCGAUUCCUGCCCUUGAACGGCUGGUGGAGCUGCUGAGGAACUGCAACAGCUUUGAGGUGCUGUUGACAAACCAGCAGCAUGCAGAGACGGAAGUUUCGGGUGGGAUGAUGAACCGGGAGAUGUUUGGCACUCGAUCUGGAGCUUUGGCGUAA